AUGGCCACAUCGAUUGAGGCCCUAGGUGUCGAACCUUGGCUUUGUGCUUUGGCUGGAAGCUUUCUCCUUGGUCUUUCAAAGUUGGAAUAUAAGGUGCAUGAAGUAAGAUGUGACUGGGUCGAUACGAAGAAUGGAGUACGAGUAGACGAUCUUGGAUUCACACUAGUUGACCUCAAUCGUAUAGGACACUAUUCAGAUUCAUUCAUAUUAGCAUCACAAGCAAGACAAGUGUUCUAUGUUAAAGAUCCCAGUGAUGAUAGAUGGUGGACCAUCACUUACCAAACAAUGACACUUGGAAAACAAGCUAGAUUAGAAGCUGGUUGCUCGAGCGUACCGAGUACCGAGGGAGUCAUUAAUAAAGGUAAAGGUACACGUGGACCUACGGGAAUGUCUGAGAUCACACGGGUUAGUUGUGAUGGACACAAGAGAGUGGUUGAAUACAAUGAGCUCGGUCAACCCAUUGGUGAAAGUGCAACCAAGUUAAAGAGUUUCAUUGGAACAACCGUGCGGGUUCAUGUUCCGAUCAGUUACCAAUCCUGGAAGGAUGUACCUACAGAGCUCAAAGAUAAAAUUUACGAACUAAUUGAGGGUGGCUUCGUAGUAGACCCCAGAUCCAAAAAGAGUAUUUUACAAAAUGCGAGUGUAUGUUUUCGAAACUUCAAGUCGUCGCUAACUACAAAGCAUGUAUUACCAUAUAAGAAAGAUUUGGAGAAACUAAAAGACCCACCAACAGAAUACUCUUUCAUCGAUCGUGAGCAUUGGAACAUAUUUGUCGCUUCCAGAUUAACCGAACAAUUUGAGAUGGUUAGCAACAAGGGACGUGAGCGGAGAAAGAACAACAAGUACAACCAUCGAAUGUCGCGAAAAGGUUAUGCAAACCUUACCGAAGAGAUGAAAGCAAGCACAUCUAAUGGUGAGUUAAUUGAUCGUGCUUUAGUAUGGAAGAAAGCACGAACUACUAAAGAUGGAGAAAUUCCAGACAUAGACACAAAGGAGGUGGCCAAUAAAAUUGACAACCUACUUGUUUCAAAACGUGCGUCUCAUUCAAUGGACAACGUAACUUGUGAUAUAUUAUCGCAAGCCAUCGGAGGGAAUGAUCCACCAGGAAGGAUUCGAGGGGUGGGUCAAUACGUCACACCAAGUAAAUACUUCCACACUGCAAGAGAAAAACGAAAGAAGGUCGGUAAAGAAGAAGAUUAUGCUGAAGAGCGAGCGAGAAUGGCUGCUCGUAUCUUAGAACUGGAAGCAGAAUUAAUGAAGCAUAAGAAGGUUCCUGAAGUGGCCACAAAGGGAGAAACUGACGAGAGCAAGAUCAAGAGUCAAAUGGCUUCUAAAAGCAUUGACACAUCAGAUGAUGCAAAUGAUCAUGACGCAAAAGAAGAAAAUAGACAAGUUCUAGAAGACUUGACAAUAGAGGACUUGACAAUAGAAAAAGAAGAUAAGGUUGGUGAGGAGAACAAAUAUGUUUGUGCAUCGAUUGAGACUUUGAAAAAAGUGAAGGAUGGCACUUCUUGUCGACUUGCAAUUGGGACUAAGGACAAUGUUGUCGGUGCUGGAACUAUUUUCGACUACUACAUGGACGGUGACAACGUGAAGGUAUCAGUGGACAUGGUUACCGAUGGUAAUUGCUUCGUUCCUGUUCCAACAAGGGAAGGUAGGACUAUGCUUUCCCAAGAAGUUGGUUCACAGUUGUUAUGGCCUCGUCAUUUAGUCAUUCCCCUAGACGAAAAGAUGAAAAGCGUGUACCAAGCUGAUCCGCGAUUACCGUCGUUGACACUGAAUACAAAGAGAGCACCAGUUACACUACGAUUAUUGCUAUGGGAACUUGAUUAUAUUGGGUCAAAAAUUCAAAUUCACGUACCUGCUAAAGUUUUUGGGUAUGAACGAAAAUGUUGCAUAUUCCUCGAGGCACUCCAAGAAUUUUGUCAAAUGCAGCCUAUAUCAACCCAAUGCAUUGAUGCAUUCAUGUUUCACCUCUACAAAGUGAUGGAAGAGAAUGGAACGUUGGGAUCCUACAAGUUUGCAGACGCUGGCUCUAUUUCAGUUGGUAUAAGUAAAGAAGAUCGAGCACAGAUCCUGAAUGCUAGAUUGCUUGGGACCGACCAUCGUCAGAUUUUGAUGUUUCCUUACAAUUCAGGAAACCAUUGGUGUCUAAUAGCCAUCGAUUUUUCAAGAGGCACUGCAUAUUGGAUGGAUCCUUUGAGAAAUCGAAUUAACAAUGAUGCCUCUGAUGUCGUCCGGAUGGCUUUCGACAUUUCGAACAAGAAGAAGCCUGUUUGGAGGAUAAUCAAGUGUCCGAAGCAAGGUGGCAUUGUGGAGUGCGGGUAUUAUGUGAUGCGAUUCAUGCGGGAUAUAAUAUUGUCAAGCAACAGGACAAUCAUUGAAGUAAUGGAAGGAUCAACCUCAACAUACUCACAGGACGAUUUAGAUGUCGUAAGAACGGAGUGGGCUGAAUUCGUUAACAAAUAUAUUUUCUGUUCCCAAUCUCAAAGGUAAUUGAAGAAUAGAUGGAUCAUGGUAUCGAUCAAGUUCAUUCCUACAUUAGUUUGAUUAGAUUAGGUCGUACAUAUAUUACAGUUAAUUUAUCUUUUGGAUUAUUGGAAAACCUUUACCGAC